AUGCCGACUUUGCACAAUUUAACUUCCACCUACAUUGCAAUAAUAAUGGUGGUUAUCGGUACAGUAGGUAACAUAUUAUCUCUGGUAGUACUUUGCAGGAAAAGACUGAGAACUAUGAAUAUAGGACUAUACAUGAUUGCACUGUGUUUAAACGAUUUACUCGUCCUCUACACAUCCUUAUUUAAUAAUCAUGUUAUGCCAGUGGAUAUAAGCUUAGUGUAUAUCUUUGAAAAUAACUGUAGUUUUAGCCGUUUUUUCAUUCAUUUUUUCAGGGAGAUUUCCUCUUGGAUUACCGUCAUCAUUACAGUCCACAGGAUGUUUGCGGUGUUUCGACCGUUGUCAACCAGGGCGAGAAUUUUGACUGGUUAUAAACCUCAGAUUAUAAUUAUCGUUAUAAUGAUUGCUAUUCUAGGAAGCGUAAACAUUGUUUACAGCAGAUAUUUUUACUUCGAGAAUGGACGCUGUGUUACUCCCAGCAAAACGGUGACUGUGUUUUUCGCAAGCGUCAUGUACAGUUUUUUUCCGGCUACAAUUUUGAUUUCAUGUAACGUUAUAAUCGUAUUCACCCUCUGUCGCCGUUCUAUCGCUGGAAACGCAUCACAGUCAACUUCACAAGUAAAUAACCACACAGUUUAUAUGGUCAUGGCAAUAAACAUAUUAUUUUUGAUUUGCACUCUUCCUUCUUCAGUCGCAUUAGCUUUAUCUCAAGGAUCAAAAAUAUCAAACUCAGCGAAGUCCUUUUUAAUCUUACUAUGUAGCGUCAAUAAUGUGUUCAAUUUCCUCUUGUACAUUUUGGCAGGGCGUCUAUUUAGGGACGAAAUGAAAUCAAUGCUGAAAAGAAAACGACGCCCAAGCACUUUUACAAUUAUGAGCAGUUAAUUGAGAAUUCUAUGAUUUCGUUAUUACCCUUUAUUAAUGCAUUCGUUUUUGAACAAAUCAUUGGAUAAUGUGAAAUAUCUGUUUAUUAUCAUCAGGUGUAGUAAAUUAUUCUUUUAUGGAAGGAAUUAAAAUAAAAAUAUAAUACGAAUACAAUUUAGAAUGUUCUGAAAUUUAUUUUCAAAUUAUUUUGCGUUUGAAUAAUCGUCUAAGGGUCAAAUGAAAUAUUUCACCAUCGUAUAUUUUUAUAAUAAUUUUAUUUAAGAAAUAAUCCCCCGGCAAGUCUUACUACAGUUCUAUUGCCCAUAAAAUGGUCAUUUCAUCAUCUUAUCCAAGCCAGCAAAGAAAAAAAGAAAACAAAACAAAAGAAAAAAUCAGCAACAUGCAAAAAAACUAAAAUACGCCGCAAUAUAACUUUCUGAAGCGAGCGCCAAUGAGCAAGAAGUUCUCAGAAAGGUCUACAUUGGCAGACUGGUUCCGAAUACGUCAGAACUCUUUCAGACAUACACCAUUAAGAUCUCCUAAAAGACAAGUAUCUCCGGUGGAGAAACGCAUUUCAAUAUGGAAUAUUUAUCUUCUGUUGAUAAAAAAAAAAUUUAUGUUGAUUUGGACAUGUCAAAAGGUCAGUAAACGACGUUAUUUGUUUUACGAAUAUGAGUUUCUUUAGGACUAUGUUCAAAUUCUAAAAGUUCUCGAUGCAGUGUAUGUUUCGUCUGUCUGCCAUGUUAUACCAGUCGGAAGGUGUGUUUGGAAAGAAUAUCACGCAUGUUUAGAAGUGAACAUGAAUUAUUUCUUCAUCUGCGAGAAAGAAAAUACAGCAUCUGUUCAACGGCUAAUAGUGUUUCCAUUUCUUCAAAUACAGGAGAUAAUUCUGGACGUGUUUAGUUAUUAUUAGACUUCAACAAAGCACAAACUCCCAUGUACUAUCCAAAUUAGUGUUGAGAAGAUCUUUAAGUAUAUGUGUAACA